GACUGAUGUGGGCGUUGAGGGCCCAAAAUCUGAACUGUAGAUUAUCGAAGACCCGCUUCAACCCUUGUAGUGAGGGAGUGCUCCUGGCUCCUGACUCCUGACUCCUGAUUGAACCAUUGACAGACCCUUCUCCCGAACAAUGCUUACUCCAUUUUCUUUGGUGUCUACUGUGCUCCCCAUUCCGUUCCUACAUCAUUUCCAGCUUCGAUUUUGUUGACUGCAUUGGCUAUGGCAGCCGCGCCUGGGAGGCUAGCCGCCUCUUCAAUCCUUUAUCUCAAUCGCAUGAGAAGAGUUCAACUUCAAGUCACUUUGCCUAUCCCUCUGCAUCACUCUGCUAGUAGUCGUCAUUUUUCCGUUUCUUCGCCCCAACAACCUGGGCCUUUUCACUCAGGGAAUGGUUCUGGACCUUGUUCUGACAAGUUUCACAAAUGGCAUAAUGGAGGGGGCACUUUACACGCAUCGGCUUCCAUUGAUUCAUCUGCAGUCUUAGAGAUUGGCGCUAUUGUUCAUUCAAAAGCUGUUGUUGGGGCAAAGGUUCAUAUAGGAUCUGGAUCGAUUGUUGGGCCUUCUGUUAUAGUUGCCCAUUCAACAAAAAUAGGGUAUAAUGUUGCAUUGAGUAAUUGCCAGGUGGGUGAAUUGUGUGUAAUCCACAAUGGAGUCUGCAUUGGUCAAGAUGGGUUUGGAUUUUAUGUGGAUGAUAAUGGUAAUAUGAUAAAGAAGCCUCAGAUGUUGAAAGUAAUAAUAGGGGCAAAUGUGGAGAUUGGUGCAAAUACAUGCAUUGAUCGGGGCAGUUGGAGAGAUACAAUCAUUGGGGAUUAUACGAAGUUGGAUAAUUUAGUUCAGAUUGGUCAUAAUGUAGUUAUUGGGAAGAAUUGUAUGAUUUGUGGGCAAGUAGGGAUUGCAGGUUCUGCAACCAUAGGUGAUUAUGUGACUAUGGGGGGAAGAGUAGCUGUGCGAGAUCAUGUUUCCAUUGUAUCAAAGGUUCGGCUUGCAGCGACUAGUUGUGUCACCAAGGACAUCCAAGAGCCUGGGGAUUAUGGUGGCUUCCCUGCUGUUUCCAUUCACAAAUGGCGGAGACAAAUUGUUAGCAACUGUAGGACUCUAGGGAAACGAAGUUCUUAAAGUCACCAAAGUUUAUUAGGGUAGGCGGUAUGCAGUCGUGGGUAAAAUUUAAACCUUUGUCUCAGGUGGCAACUUUGAUGCCAUAAUUUUUUAUCAUCUAGCAGUUCAGAAAUACUCAAGAAAAAUCAUCUAAGAUUGGUGAAUAUCUUCCUUAGAUGCAGUGGUGUUGUUUUUCAUUCUUUAUUUAUCUUGUUCUUGAUUCUUGAUUCUUGAUUCGACUUCCAAAGCAUUGGUUCUAUUUUGAAAUUCUUGAUACUUUCAUGGUUA